UCUCUGAGUAGCCUUGUCUAUGUACUCACUUAGCUACUUUUAGUUUGCUUUUAGCUUCUCUGAGAUGGGAUGUACUGCGAUCAUUUGGCAGCACAAGAUAUCUUCAAGGAAAACAGUUCUUAAAGCCCAUUUGUCCUGUAGAAACUGACUGUCCAGUAAAGGCAUGAAUACAGAAAUGGGGAUUUUUUUUUAAUUUCCAAGUGAAAAUAAUUACUGAAAAGCCAGCAGUUACUAUUGAUUAUAAUACAGUAAUAUUUUCCCCAUUGCUUAUGAUUUUUUUGAAAUAGCGAUAUUGUGAACUUUGCUAUACCAAAUUCUUUGAGGAAUUUGCAAUGUCAGCUCUGAAAUUUGAACUGGAUAAUCUUUCACCUAAAUUCUGCAGACAUGAACAGGCUUCACACUCUGACGUGAUUUUAACCUGCUUGACUGAACUCUCCAGUGAUUCUAGUCAAUUGGAACUUCAACACUCCAUUUCUGACCCCAGUGACCUGCGAAAUGUGUACUCAUCUCCUCAUGGGCUUGAGAAGAGUGUGUGGGCAGCCAAAGGCAAACACAAUGAAGGUAUGAAUAUAAGCAAAAGUGAGAUAAUGAAAGAAACUUCCCUAAAGCCAUCUCGGAGAUCCUUGCCUUGCCUUGCCCAGAACUAUGCCCAUUCCAAGAGCUUGAGCCAGUCAACUUCUCUCUUUCAGUCAACCGAAAGUGAGUCUCAGCCUCCCACUUCUGUAACAUUAAUUUCUGCUGACAAAGUAGACCCAGUUAACCUUGAGGACAAUAAUAAAGAUUCUGGACUGAAAUGUUCUUUUGCUGACCUCAGUGAUUUUUGCUUGGCCCUAGGUAAAGACAAAACUUACCUGGAGGAAUCAGAACAUGCGAAUUAUGACCGAUCUCGCCUCAUUAAUGAUUUUAUUACCAAAGAAAAACCUGAAGCCAAGUCAAAAUUGCCUAAGAAUGACAUGAAUUACAUAGCAUCCAGUGGGCUUCUCUUCAAAGAUGGCAAAAAACGAAUUGAUUACAUCCUGGUUUACAGAAAGACAAAUAUACAGUAUGACAAAAGAAAUACAUUUGAAAAGAACCUCAGAGCUGAAGGAUUGAUGUUGGAGAAAGAGCCAGCUAUUGCAAACCCUGAUAUCAUGUUUAUUAAAAUUCAUAUACCAUGGGACACACUGUGCAAGUAUGCAGAGAGACUGAACAUCCGAAUGCCCUUCAGGAAAAAAUGCUAUUACACUGACCAGAGGAAUAAAUCAAUGGGCAGGGUACAAAGUUAUUUCAGAAGAAUAAAAAAAUGGAUGGCCCAAAACCCAAUGGUUCUAGACAAGUCAGCUUUUCCAGACCUGGAGGAGUCUGGCUGCUAUACAGGUCCUUUCAGCCGAGCCAGGAUUCACCACUUCAUAAUAAACAAUAAGGACACCUUCUUCAGUAAUGCUACUAGAAGCAGGAUUGUCUAUCACAUGUUGGAGCGUACCAAAUAUGAAAAUGGGAUAUCAAAAGUGGGUAUCCGUAAGCUUAUAAACAAUGGUUCAUACAUAGCAGCAUUUCCCCCACAUGAGGGAGCCUACAAAAGUAGCCUGCCCAUCAAAACCCAUGGGCCUCAGAAUAACAGACAUCUGUUGUAUGAGCGCUGGGCACGCUGGGGAAUGUGGUACAAGCAUCAGCCUCUGGACUUAAUCAGGCUGUACUUUGGUGAGAAGAUUGGGCUAUAUUUUGCCUGGCUGGGAUGGUACACCGGAAUGCUGAUUCCUGCAGCAGUUGUUGGCUUGUGUGUUUUCUUCUAUGGAUUAGUAACAAUGAACGAAAGCCAAGUAAGCCAAGAAAUUUGCGAAGCCACUGACGUUUUCAUGUGCCCUCUAUGUGACAAGAACUGCUCAUUGCAGAGACUCAAUGAUAGCUGCAUCUAUGCCAAGGUGACCUAUUUAUUUGAUAAUGGAGGGACAGUCUUCUUUGCCAUUUUUAUGGCAAUAUGGGCCACAGUCUUCUUGGAGUUUUGGAAAAGGAGAAGAAGUAUACUGACCUACACGUGGGAUCUUAUUGAAUGGGAAGAAGAGGAGGAAACACUUCGUCCCCAGUUUGAAGCCAAAUAUUACAAGAUGGAGAUAAUAAAUCCUAUCACAGGAAAACCUGAGCCUCAUCAACCAUCAUCAGACAAGAUCAGCCGUCUUCUUGUGUCUGUGUCAGGAAUAUUCUUCAUGAUUUCCCUGGUGAUCACAGCAGUGUUUGCGGUGGUGGUUUACCGCCUGGUGGUGAUGGAACAGUUUGCUUCCUUCAAGUGGAGCUUCAUCAAGCAACACUGGCAGUUUGCAACUUCUGGUGCUGCUGUCUGCAUCAAUUUCAUCAUUAUUAUGUUGCUGAAUCUUGCUUAUGAAAAAAUUGCUUACCUUCUCACUAAUUUAGAAUGUCCUCGAACUGAAUCUGAAUGGGAAAAUAGCUUUGCCCUGAAGAUGUUCCUUUUCCAAUUUGUCAAUUUAAACAGUUCUAUCUUCUACAUCGCUUUCUUUUUGGGAAGAUUCGUGGGCCACCCAGGAAAAUACAACAAACUUUUUGAUCGGUGGAGACUAGAGGAAUGUCAUCCUAGUGGUUGUUUGAUAGACCUCUGCCUACAGAUGGGUGUCAUCAUGUUCCUGAAGCAAAUAUGGAACAACUUUAUGGAACUAGGAUACCCGUUGAUCCAGAACUGGUGGUCACGACACAAAAUCAAGCGAGGAAUACAAGAUGCUUCUAUCCCUCAGUGGGAAAAUGACUGGAAUCUGCAGCCCAUGAACAUUCACGGUCUGAUGGAUGAGUACUUAGAGAUGGUUUUACAAUUUGGUUUCACCACUAUCUUUGUUGCGGCUUUUCCUCUGGCCCCUCUUUUGGCUUUGUUAAACAAUAUCAUCGAAAUCAGACUUGAUGCAUAUAAGUUUGUCACCCAGUGGCGGAGGCCUCUUCCAGCCCGAGCAACUGACAUAGGUAUAUGGCAUGGAAUUCUGGAAGGAAUUGGUAUAUUGGCGGUGAUCACCAAUGCUUUUGUAAUUGCUAUUACAUCUGACUACAUCCCGCGUUUUGUCUAUGAAUAUAAAUAUGGCCCCUGUGCAAACCAUGCAGGACAGAAUGAAAAUUGCUUGAAAGGUUAUGUCAACAACAGCCUAUCUUUCUUUAACCUGAGUGAGCUUGGUAUGGGAAAAUCUGGUUAUUGCAGGUACCGAGACUACAGAGGCCCCCCGUGGAGCUCCAAACCCUAUGAGUUUACCUUACAGUACUGGCACAUCCUCGCUGCUCGACUGGCCUUCAUUAUUGUGUUUGAGCACCUAGUUUUCGGGAUUAAGUCAUUCAUCGCAUACUUGAUUCCAGAUGUGCCUAAGGGUCUUCAUGAACGAAUACGGCGAGAAAAGUACUUAGUCCAAGAAAUGAUGUAUGAAGCUGAACUAGAACAUUUACAACAACAACGAAGAAAAAGCGGUCAGCCUGUUCACCAUGAAUGGCCUUAGCUUCUACCUGUUGCCCAGUAGAGGUGUCUCAAUUAGUCUGAAGCCAUGGCUGUAACUUGAAACAUAAACGUGAUCUAAGAAGGCAGUCUAUUCAACAAACCAUAUAUAUAAUACUACUUGGAAUUGUAUCACAUCAGUCUUAGGAAUUGGUAAUGUUUAGGCAUUAGGGGACAAAAAAAAAGACAAUUCAUGAUUAAAAAGAGGGAUAGACGGACAUUGUAGGAAGCCAGGAUCUAAUUUUCAGAGCAAGCCCUCAGGGAGUUGUGUUUGGAGAUUUGCCCUUCUGUCCAUUGUAGUGUAAUAGGAAGGGUGAUGGUAAGGUGGCUAGAGACAGGUUUUCAUAUAAAUAGCCAAGGCUCAGGCAUGACUUAAAGUAUUAUGUGGUCUUCAAUCACAUAUUAAUCUGACUGGAAAUUUCUUUGUCCUUGAGGUGAUUAUAAGAAAUGACAAUUCAAUUAUUGCCUUUGAACCAGAAUGCCAUAUCCCUUCAGCUCACAGAUCAGCAGAAAUUGCCUUGACCAUUGUUGAAAAUAUGGACCUAUGUCACAGAAAUAUAUGCUGCUUUACAUCAACUAUGCAGUUUGAUGAGUUGCAUAUCAUCUUUUAUAGUCAAACCAAAAACUUAAGAUUCACAGACACAGAAAUAAUCACCGCUCAUUGAAAAUAAUGUCCUGUUGAAUUGGCUGCAUUCAAGUCUGUUUAAUCAAUGUCAAAGCCAGUUGCACUGCACAUUUUUAUAUUAAAUGCUUUUAGAUUACUUAGAAAAUAUGAAUAACUAUCAUUGAAAACACAGGAAAUCCAUAUUUUACUGCUGACAGUUAUUUUAUAGGACAUUUCAUUACAAAUCACACAUCAUUUUACCUGUACAUAUGUUUAUUUUCCUUAUACAUCUGCAACUUGACAUUAUGCAGCUCAGAGACCAAUAACACAGCAUGUUCUUGUAUUCUGUUCAUUCUGGAAACCCAAAGCCAGAUGUUUGAGCAGCACUUGUCUUUUUCUACAAUGUGCAUUCUUACUUAUUAGCCAGUGACAAUAAUGCAUGUCUAUACAUCUAUAUUGUUUGUACAAAGUCCUUUCUGAAUUUUACUUUUUCAUCACUGAAAAAAUGUUUCAACUUAUUACUUCUUUGGCAAAUUGAUUUGGUUUACUUUUAAAAACUCUCUAGAAACAAAGUCAAAUUUGAUUUCAUAUGGGAUUUUUCUGUCAUAAAUUUUAUUUUAUGUGGAAUUCAUCUGUCAACUUUGACUGAUCACAGACUGCUGGGGAAGAAAUGAUGGGGCACCCAACUAAAAGAAGCCUGGAGGAGGCAUAAGCCAUGGGGGACUAAUAGAAAGAAAGACAGGAGUAAAUGCAGAAAUCAAGACAUUUUCCUUACAAGAUGAGAAUAGCUAAGUUUCCCCCUCCUAGGAAAAGUGUGGGAAAUCACACAUACAUAUUUUAUAUAAUUAUUAUGAUUGCUAUUAUUUACUCAAUUCAUUUUGCUCAGUUAUGCUCAUCACAGUUAUUUCCAUAAUUCAAAACACCAGAUUAGGCACAAUAUGAAUAAAAAUAUGGUACAUGGUAGUGUAUUUUAGUAGGGAAAUUAUAUUUUCAAUUACUACAAAGCUAUUUUUUAUAACUUUAACACUUAAAUAGUUUUGUUGACUUUACCUUCAUUUCCUCUUGAGUAAAGCUAGUAAAUAAUGUUGGAUUCAUGGAUUCGUCAAGAAUAUUAACUUCCCUGUGAUUCUGAGUGAAAGAGAAAGACUGUGACUCCAAAUUGACCCACAGAAUAUGCAGUGGUAGAGCACUUGUGUAGCAUUCAAGAGGCCCUGGGUUCAAUCCUCAAUAAUACAGUAAAAUUCAAAACAAAAGAAAACAGGAAGUAGUUUCCCUCACAAAUCCUUGGUUCACUGGACUCUCCUAUUCCUAUUACAAAACAAAUCCACUAACUAUUUGAAAGAAAUAUCAAACUCCUCUUUUUCAGUAGCACUCAUUUUACUUUUGUUUUGUUAAUUAAAUGUAUACCCAUAUCUAAGUAUAAGUAUUCUCUAUGUUGAUGAAGUAUAUAUAUCUUUUUACGAAUUAGGGAAAUAAAGGAUAUUUGUCUUACAGUAAAGCAAAUAAUAAUUAUAUUUUUGUCUUUGAGAGUUCUCUUUCAGAUUUUUUACAGCUCCAUCAGGUUUAAAUCAUAUUCAUUGAUAUGAAAAGAAGGAUAUUUUGAUAAAAAUUAUAAUAGAUUAGUUCAGAAAAUGCCCUCCCUACUGUCUUAAAGUGAUAUGAAAAAUAGGCAAAAUGUACCUAUUGAAAUCUUCCUUUUUGAAACUGCAGCAAAACUUAGCUCUGACUUCAUUACUGUUGACAAACGAAACACCACAGCCCCUCACAGGAUGUUAGUUUUAGAUGACUCUGCCUUAGUCAAGAAAAAUGUUUUAUAUCUUCUUUUUCAUAUAACUGUUAUCUUUCAAAGUUUGUAGCACACACUAUUCUCAGGAAUUCUGUACUACAUGAAUGCUGCUUAUAUAUUUUCAUAUUCUAUCUUGUCUUUUAAAGCAAAUACUAAUAAAUAUGUGCAUGCAGUCUGCCUUGACAAGUUGCCCAGAGCUGAAGAGAUUUCACAGUUCAAUAUAUGGAAAAUCACUCUAGAUUAUAGCUGAAAUGCUCUGUAAUUGUGUGAGUCUGUGUAUGCACGUUUAGAUAAAAUGCUGCUGAGUGACUGCAUGAUGACAUGCAACUUGUGAAUGCUGCACUUCCUUCCAAAGUGAUUCUUAGCACAAUCUGUUGUACAAUGGAAUGAAUACACAUUUUUUCACUCAAU